AUGGACGUAUCCUCUUUGCUUACAGCUCCUUUGCUGUUGGUACAGCUCUGCGUCGUCACCAUCGUCUCCUUUUUGAACAAACUAUGGGACAGAUCCUCCCGGACUGCUGCAGCCUGCACAGAACUGGGUUUCGACGUCAGUGCCAACAAAGCCAGUCGGAAUGCCGUGACUCCAACCAGUGUCAACUACCAUUUUACACGCCAGUGUAACUACAAGUGUGGCUUUUGCUUCCAUACAGCAAAAACAUCAUUUGUGUUGCCACUGGAGGAAGCGAAGAGGGGUCUCAAACUCCUCAGGGAUUCUGGUAUGGAGAAGAUCAAUUUCUCUGGAGGAGAACCAUUUCUACAUGAAAAAGGGGAGUUUCUCGGAAAGUUGGUCCAAUACUGCAAAGAAGAUUUGCAACUUCCAGGUGUCAGCAUCGUCAGCAAUGGGAGCAUGAUCAAGGAGAAAUGGUUCCAGAAAUAUGGUGACCAUCUCGACAUCUUGGCCAUAUCUUGUGACAGUUUUGAGGAAACCACCAACCAGCUGAUCGGCCGAACUCAAGGCAGGAAGAGCCACCUGGACAAUCUCUAUAAGAUCCAGAGCUGGUGUCAACAAUAUAAAGUGGCCUUUAAAAUCAAUUCUGUCAUCAACACUUUCAACGUGGACGAGGACAUGACAGAACACAUCAUUCAGCUCAACCCAGUCCGAUGGAAGGUGUUUCAGUGCUUGUUGAUUGACGGUGAGAAUGUAGGCGAAAAAGCCCUGAGAGAAGCUGAGCGCUUUACCAUUAGCGACCAGCAGUUUCAGGAGUUUCUGGACAGACACAGCAGCGUCUCAUGUCUGGUUCCAGAGUCCAAUGAAAAGAUGAGGAAUUCUUACUUGAUCUUGGAUGAAUAUAUGCGUUUCCUGGACUGUCGAGAGGGUCGAAAGGACCCAUCCAAGUCCAUCCUUGAUGUUGGCGUGAGCGCUGCCAUCAGUUUUAGCGGAUUUGAUGAGAAAAUGUUUCUUAAAAGGGGAGGGAAGUAUGUGUGGAGCAAAGCUGAUAUGAAGCUUGAUUGGUGA